AUGGCAGAAAAGGCUCCCCUGGGCUUAAACAGGAAGACUUCAAGGUCAACCCUCUCACUUCCACCAGAGCCUGUGGACAUCAUUCGGAGCAAAACGUGCUCGCGGAGAGUUAAAAUCAACGUGGGGGGCCUGAACCACGAGGUCCUGUGGAGAACGCUGGACCGGCUGCCCAGGACACGCCUGGGGAAGCUGCGAGACUGCAACACGCACGAGAGCCUCCUGGAGGUGUGCGAUGACUACAACCUGAACGAAAAUGAGUAUUUCUUCGACCGGCACCCAGGCGCCUUCACGUCCAUUCUAAAUUUCUACCGGACAGGGAAACUGCACAUGAUGGAAGAAAUGUGUGCUCUCUCCUUUGGCCAGGAGCUUGACUACUGGGGCAUUGAUGAGAUCUACCUAGAGUCCUGUUGCCAAGCCAGGUAUCACCAGAAGAAAGAGCAAAUGAAUGAAGAACUGAGGCGUGAGGCAGAGACCAUGCGAGAGCGGGAGGGAGAAGAGUUCGACAACACCUGCUGCCCUGAGAAGAGGAAGAAGCUGUGGGACUUGCUGGAGAAGCCCAACUCCUCUGUGGCUGCAAAGAUACUGGCCAUCGUGUCCAUCCUGUUCAUCGUACUCUCCACCAUCGCUUUGUCUCUCAACACCCUACCGGAGCUUCAGGAGACGGACGAAUUCGGACAAGCCAGCGACAACACCCAGCUGGCGCACGUGGAGGCCGUGUGCAUCGCUUGGUUUACCAUGGAGUACCUUUUACGCUUCCUGUCCUCACCAAAUAAGUGGAAGUUCUUCAAAGGCCCGCUCAACGUCAUCGACUUGCUGGCCAUCCUGCCAUACUACGUCACCAUUUUCCUCACCGAGUCCAACAAGAGCGUCCUGCAGUUCCAGAACGUGCGGCGCGUGGUUCAGAUCUUCCGCAUCAUGCGCAUCCUCCGGAUCCUGAAACUCGCCCGACACUCCACAGGCCUGCAGUCCCUGGGUUUCACCCUCAGGCGGAGUUACAACGAACUGGGCUUGUUGAUUCUGUUUCUGGCCAUGGGCAUAAUGAUAUUUUCCAGCCUGGUGUUUUUUGCGGAGAAGGACGAAGACGCUACGAAGUUCACCAGUAUCCCAGCAUCCUUUUGGUGGGCCACCAUCACCAUGACCACUGUGGGCUACGGGGACAUCUACCCCAAAACGUUACUGGGCAAAAUCGUGGGCGGCCUCUGCUGUAUCGCCGGGGUUCUGGUCAUCGCCCUUCCCAUCCCAAUCAUUGUGAACAAUUUCUCUGAGUUUUACAAGGAGCAGAAACGCCAGGAGAAGGCAAUUAAAAGGAGAGAGGCUCUGGAGAGGGCCAAAAGGAAUGGGAGCAUUGUCUCCAUGAACUUAAAAGACGCCUUCGCUCGCAGCAUGGAACUGAUCGACGUGUCUGUGGAGAAGGCAGGAGAGCCGGCCAAAACCAAGGACUCGGCCGACGAUAAUCACCUGUCUCCCAGCCGCUGGAAGUGGGCCAGGAAGGCGCUGUCGGAAACCAGCUCCAACAAGUCCUACGAGAAUAAGUACCAGGAGGUUAGCCAAAAAGACUCCCACGAGCAGCUGAACAACACUUCUGCCUCCAGCCCACAGCAUCUGAGUGCCCAGAAACUGGAGAUGCUGUACAAUGAGAUCACCAAGACCCAGCCGCACUGUCCCCCCGACGCCGACAGCCAGGAGCCGCCCGAGCGGCCGUCCGCCUACGAAGAGGAGAUCGAGAUGGAGGAGGUGGUCUGCCCGCAGGAGCAGCUGGCCGUGGCGCAGGCCGAGGUCAUCAUGGACAUGAAGAGCACCUCCAGCAUCGACAGCUUCACCAGCUGCGCCACCGACUUCACCGAGACCGACAGGUCACCCCUGCCACCGUCCUCCGCUUCUCACCUGCGGAUGAAGUUCCCUCCCGACUUCACGGGGACCGAGGAGCAUCAGAGAGCCAGGGGCCCCCCUUUCCUCACACUCGCCAGAGAGAAGGGCCCUGCGGCUCAGGAGGCCACCCUAGAGUAUGCCCCGGUGGGUAUAGCUGGGGACCUCGACGCCAGCGGUUCCCAAAGUGGGCUCCACGGCCCGGAGCCGUCUGACAGUGCCUCCGAGAGCCCUAAGAGCUCGCUGAGGGGCAGCCACCCGCUGAAAUCCAGGUCGCUCAAAGUGAAUUUUAAGGAAAACAGAGGCAGCGCGCCGCAGACCCCGCCCAGCACAGCCAGGCCACUGCCGGUCACGGCGGCCGACUUCUCCAUCGCCGCCCCGCAGCUCAUCAGCACCAUCCUCCUGGAAGAAAACCCCGCACCGGGAGACAGACCCUUGCUGGGCGCUGAGGGGUCGCCACAUUGUCUGGGACCUUCCAGAGGGCUGACCCCUCGGUUUCCUAAGCAAAAACUCUUUCCUUUCUCAUCAAGAGAGAGGAGGAGCUUCACGGAAGUGGACACUGGCGAAGACGAUGACUUCUUAGAGCUCCAAGGGGCCAGGCAGGACACGCAGGCCGACUCCAGCCCCAACUGCUGUGCAGACAAGCCUAGUGACGGGAGAGACCCUUUAAGAGAAGAGGCCUGUGUGGGCUCUUCCUCUCCUCAGGACACGAGUCACAACUGUAGGCAAGACAUUUACCAUGCUGUUGCUGAAGUUAAAAAGGACAAUAGUCAAGAAGGGUGCAAGAUGGAAAACCACUUGUUUGCCCCAGAAAUACAUUCCAACCCGGGAGACACAGGUUAUUGUCCCACACGUGAAACCAGCAUGUGACUAGUAACAAAAGCAAUAAAAAACAAAACAAAAAACAAAAAAAACUUGUUUCUUAAAAACGCGGUUAAUAAUGCCUGUGAACUAAAACAUGGGACGCUCCCCCAUCCCCCCCAAAAGUGCAUAAAAUGUUAUUUUUGCAUGGCAUGAACAGUUUAGUUUAAGCACUGUUUAAAUAAAGAGUCAAGACUGCGUUUUGUAACAAACACACACAAAUGACUGAGGGUCAGUGACCAAAUAAAGAGACCUCUGUUAGGAACCAGUAUUCUGCAAUGUCUGACAUUUUUGAUCCUUUCAUUUCAAAUUGUAGACAGAUUUUCAACUUUUAACUUUUCUGUUACAAUGAAUUUUAGAAUUUGCACAUGAAAGGAUGAAAUGUCAUUACAUGAGUUCAUAAUGAUGGAGCAAGGUGCUCUGAGCUUGCAAAAUGCCUGAUUUUGUGACUAUUGGGGCCCGGGAUGCAAAAGUGUCCAGAACCUAUGGAAACAAGUUUCGGAGACACAGGUACUUCCUUCACAGCUACUGCCUGGAGGAGUUGUACAGACUUCUUGUUGCAAAAUUGCAACCUCUCCUUAAACCAUCUCCCACAUCUUGCUUUGGGUUAUAAAGCUCUUCUAAGUACAUCUGUUUAGAGGAAUACAGUAUUUUUAUUUCCUUGUGAUAUAAUUCCUAGGGUGCAUUUUUUUUCUUUGCUCCUGCUUAGUUAUGGCAUUAGUGGUUUUAUUUAAAAAUCAUAAACAUAGGCAAGAUUUAAUGACCAGAUAUCAAAACUUUUGGAAUUUAAGCUUGAAAUUUUGCCAAUCAGUUAUAUAUCAUGCCACAGCCUAUUACAGGAAUGCAUCUUUUUUAAAAACCUGAAGAGAAGGUUAUAUCAUAUAGCUAAGUGUGUUUUUUGGGGUUUUUUUUAAUGGCACUCCACAUUUGGAAAUCAGUUUGGGGGCUUUUUUCAUUGUAUAUUCUAAAGAUGCCUGUAUUUUCCACUUGUAUCCAACAUAAUUCUUUCUAUCCAAAGAGCUAAAGAUAGAAUGCAGAUAUGCCAAAUGGGAAUUCCAAGUGUGGGGAGGGCACACUGCCAGUUUGGGAGGGUCACAGGUGCCAGCAGCACCCUCCAGUAAUUGCACGAACUGGAAACACCCACCACCACAUAUCCAACAUCCCCAAGGGAUGGUCAGGAUUACCCGUAUGGAAACCACUUCCAUAAUUUUCUACCGAGAACAGUGAA